AUUAAUAUUUUUCAUUUUUGUUCUGAAUACUCAGUUUAUUUAGUUUCUUAUAAUUUUCAGAUAAAAUGGAAAAGCAUAAAAUUUUACCAACCAAGGAGUUGAAGAGACUGAAGAAGGAGAAGAAAGAGCGGACUGCUGAGAAAAUAAUUAAAAACCUGGAGAGAAGAGAACUUAUGAAAUCUGUUGCUUCGAACUCCGCUAAACCUGUUCCAAAAAAUAUUAUCAGUGAGUUAAGUUCAGACGUGAAAGGAAGAAAUUAUACUAUAAGUAUUGCUGUUCCUGGUUCUAUCCUGGACAAUGCACAAACCCCUGAACUGAGAACAUACUUAGCUGGUCAGGUUGCCCGGGCCGCUGCAGUGUUUAGUGUUGAUGAAGUUGUUGUUUACGAUGACGAAGGAGUAAAAGAUAAAAUUAACAGUGACCUCGUAGUAAAGAAGUCUCGUGGUUGUGAACAGUUAUCAAAGAUACUUCAGUACCUUGAGUGCCCUCAAUAUCUUAGAAAGCAUUUUUUCCCAAUCCACAAGGAUCUCCAGUUCGCUGGGGUACUCAAUCCUACUGAUAUGCCACAUCAUCUCAGAACUCAAGAGUCUAGCUUAUACAGAGAAGGAAUAGUAACGGAUAGACCAGCCAAAGAAGGAUCCUGCUUUGUCAAUAUUGGACUCAAAGGGGAUUGUAUGAUUAAGCGUAGUAUAAAGCCUGGAAUGAGGGUAACUGUCAGAUUAAGUGAUGACUAUGAAUGGGAUAAGAAGUUAUCUGGUAAAGUUGUAUCUCCAAGUGAACCUAGAACUAAAGCAGGAUUGUACUGGGGAUACACUGUAAGAAUAGCAAAAGAUCUUUCAAGUGUUCUAACAGGAUGUCCUUUCCCAGAUGGUUACGAUCUUACUCUUGGAACUUCAGAGAAGGGAACUGAUGUUGAUGAUUGUACACUGCCUGAGUUUAAACAUCUUCUAAUUGUGUUUGGUGGGGUUGGAGGAAUAGAGGCAGCCUUAGAGGUUGAUGAACAGUUGCAAGUAAAUGAUCCAAAAGAUCUGUUUGAUCAGUAUAUAAAUACAUGUCCAAGUCAGGGUUCUAGAACAAUACGAAGUGAGGAGGCAAUACUGAUCACCAUGGCAACCUUGAGACACAAGAUAUCUGCAGCUGUAGGAUCCUGACAGAUUCAUUGAUUGAUUGAUUGAUUGAUAUUUUUGUUAAUUUUUCCAGA